GCCUCUCUGCUCCUGUCAGCACAUCUGAUGGUGAAACCAAAGAGUCUGCAGCUGUAACUCUGCCUGCAGAGCCUGGCUGCUUCCCCAGCCCUGUGGCCACCCCUAACUCUCUCCCUAGGAUCACCAAUGCCUCCCACCUUUGGGGCCUGUAACUAGCUUCUGCUGGGAGACACUGGUUGCAGAGAGGCUUCGAUUAAAGGAGACAGAGAAAAGGUGUGAAGGAGCCCAGAGGAAGGUGAGUUCCUGCUGUCAGAGGAGGAGGUGGUGAGCAUGGCCAGCAACUCCAGUGCACUGCCCAGGGUGACUUUCCAGACGCCAGAGAAACCUGGGGAGGAAUCAUCACACAGGAAACUGGGCAAGUUGACCAUAAAGUACAACCGCAAAGACCUACAGCGCUGGCUAGACCUGGAGGAAUGGAUCAACGCCCAGCUGCAGGAGCUGUACCAAUGCCGGCUAAGGGAGGAAACAGAAGCAGCAGCUCCUGAACCACAAAUUGAUCUUGAAGAUCUCCUGGAGGUCCCUAAUGAAGAACAGAAAUUAAAAUUACAGGAAAUCCUCCAUGAGUGCUCCAGCCCCACAGAGGUGAGUGAAGCACCAUAUACAUUUACAUCAUACAUGUUGUACUAUUCUGUUACAGUGUCUUUAUCACUGCUUUGCUGAGUAGCCA